UCUGAUUAAGCUUUAGAGAGUACACUUAAAAAGUAGUAAUAUAUUAGUCCACAUCAAAAUUAACAUUAAUAUUUGAUACUAGUAAACCCACAUGGAACCAGGGGACCCAAAUUCCCAACAACAUGACCCCUCCGACAACCCUAACGACGUCGUAUCCGGCGAGGGAGACGACUCCUCAGCUGAAACUGAUCUCACUCUUUCAGCAAGUGCAACCCCUUCAGAAACCAAUCCCCAAACUUCACCUCCCAAAACGACACCCGAAGCCCCCGUUUCGGACUCCCAAGAUGACUCCUCCGACCCAAUUCAAGAAGAUGAACCGCCUCAAAACCCUAACCCGACCGAACCCGGCCCAACCGAACCCGGUCCGCCUGCCAAGAAACGACGCCGCAGGAAGAAAUUCUUCACGGAGCUCAACGGAAAUCCUUCGCUCAACAAGAACCGCCGGUCGGAAAUGGCGAAAGACGUCGACGUCGAAGCUCUGAUCGCUAUCUCGGUUGGAUUUCCGGUUGAUUCGCUUACCGAGGAGGAGAUCGAAGCCAAUGUUGUAUCCACAAUCGGCGGUGUUGAGCAAGCUAACUAUAUUGUGGUUCGGAACCACAUUCUGACUCGGUGGCGGUCCAACGUGUCGGUCUGGUUGACCCGUGACCACUCGCUCGAGUCAAUUCGGUCAGAACACAAAGGCCUUGUCGACUCGGCUUACCAUUUCCUUCUCCACCACGGUUACAUCAAUUUCGGGCUCGCUCCGGCCAUAAAAGAAGCCAAGUUGAAGUCUUUCGACGGAAUUGAGAAGGGCAAUGUGGUAAUUGUAGGUGCCGGUCUCGCCGGUUUAGUCGCGGCGAGGCAAUUGGUGUUUAUGGGAUUCAAAGUCGUAGUCUUGGAAGGUAGGGCACGCCCCGGCGGCCGCGUGAGGACGAAGAAAAUCAACGGUGACGGUGUGGAGGCCGCGGCGGACCUCGGUGGAAGCGUCCUCACCGGAAUAAAUGGCAACCCACUUGGGGUUCUGGCAAGGCAAUUAGAGUUGCCACUUCAUAAGGUGAGAGAUAUAUGCCCUUUGUAUUUACCAGAUGGGAAGUCAGUGAAUUCUGAAAUUGAUUCUAAAGUAGAGGUUUCGUUUAAUAAGCUAUUGGAUAGGGUUUGUAAGCUUAGGCAUGCUAUGAUAGAAGAAGUUAGAUCAGUAGAUGUUCCCUUAGGGACCGCCUUAGAAGCGUUUCGGCGUGUUUAUAAUGUGGCUGAGGAUUUGGAAGAGCGAAUGUUGUUGAAUUGGCAUCUGGCCAAUUUGGAAUAUGCUAAUGCUUCGUUGAUGUCUAAUUUGUCAAUGGCGUAUUGGGAUCAGGAUGAUCCUUAUGAGAUGGGGGGCGAUCACUGUUUUAUUCCAGGGGGGAAUGAGACAUUUGUCCGUGCCUUAGCGGAGGAGCUUCCCAUUUUUUAUGAGAGGACUGUGGAUAGUAUUAGGUAUGGGACGGAUGGGGUGUUGGUUUAUGCUGGUGGGCAGGAGUUUCGCGGUGAUAUGGUGCUUUGCACCGUGCCAUUGGGCGUGCUUAAGAAGGGAAUGAUUGAAUUCUUCCCUGAGCUUCCUCAACGGAAGAGAGAUGCGAUUCAGAGGUUAGGAUUCGGGUUGUUGAAUAAGGUUGCCAUGUUGUUUCCGUAUAAUUUUUGGGGUGGAGAUAUUGACACAUUUGGGCAUUUGACUGAAGAUCAGAGUAUGAGAGGGGAGUUCUUUUUGUUUUAUAGCUAUUCUUCUGUGUCAGGAGGCCCACUUCUUGUUGCACUUGUGGCAGGAGAUGCUGCAAUCAAGUUUGAGAUGAUGUCACCUGUGGAGUCUGUGAGAAGGGUGUUAGACAUAUUGAGGGGUAUCUUUCAUCCAAAAGGGAUUACUGUUCCAGAUCCUGUUCAGGCAGUGUGUACUCGUUGGGGGAAGGAUCAUUUCACUUAUGGAUCUUACUCUUAUGUCGCAAUAGGCUCUUCGGGGGAUGACUAUGAUAUUCUUGCGGAGAGUGUGGGAGAUGGGAGGGUGUUCUUUGCUGGAGAGGCAACUAACAAACAGUAUCCAGCGACAAUGCAUGGAGCUUUUCUUAGUGGGAUGAGGGAAGCUGCUAACAUGCUUAGAGUGGCCAAGAGAAGGUCAUUAAUUCCAGCUGAUAAAUUAAAUAAUGUGAGUGAGGAAAGUGACAAUUUGAAUAAAUUGUUUGAGACCCCUGACCUGACUUUUGGGAGCUUCUCUGUUUUGUUUGAUCCAAGGUCAAAUGACCUUAAUUCCAAUUCAUUGUUAAGGGUGAAAUUUGGAGGGGAGAAAUUGGACUCCGGCGGUCUCUGUCUUUAUGGCUUGAUUUCUAGGAACCAGGUCAUUGAGCUGAGUCAGGUAGAUGGCGAUGGGAACAGGAUGAGGAUGUUAAAUCAUGACUUUGGGGUGAGAUUGGUUGGGAGGAAAGGCUUAUCUGGUGUGGGGGAGUCUGUAAUAUCUCACAUAACAUUAGCUAGAUCCAACCAAAAUGGUGGAAUUAAAGAUAAUGCUGCAUAGAUGGAGAUCAUUAAGUGAUAGGUGUUAGUGGCUAACUCACUGCUUGUAGGAAAUUCCUUAGACUAGCUCGAGGGAAUUCACACUCUCAUUUGAGUUGAGCAUAUGAUUAAAGUUGGACCAAAGCUGCUUCAUCAUGUAUAGUACUUGCGUGCUCAGAAGACUAUGUUUAAAAUCAGGAUCGAGUUGGUCCAAAAUUUUUUUUUUUUAUUGCCUUUGAUUUAUUAUUGAAUUCCCCUUGGGACGGCAAGAAUUUUUUUAAUAACUAAUUGGGAGUUAUGUAUCUUCUUAGAUUGUUGUAAAUUACUAAAUUUUCAUGAUUUGGUUGAA